CUAGAUACGAGAAAGCGUCGCUCCGCGGUCGCUACGGAGAGAGGGAUAUGGGUCUGCUGUAGUUUAAAGACACUUGUGUGCUGAUUCCCACGCAGUUACAACAACUCGCUGCCAUGGCUGUCUGGCGGAAAUGCUUUUUGGUCGUUGCGACUGCGACUCUACCAAGUUUGAACGUGUGUAUAACCACAUUUCGGCGCUACUAGCGCGUUAUCUUGGCAUGACAGAUAAAGAUGAGUGAGCAUGCUAGCGAGCUAGCCACAGCCUGAGCAUCACGCAGCGACCACACCUGCCGGGGACAGUGUGGCUGCAGGUUCCUAGCAGAAAUGGGCAAACUACAAAGCAAGUUUCGCAAGAGGUCUGACCUCUACAGGGCGUCUCAGGGGGAGAAGGCAGAUGCUACCUUUGACAGCCAGGUGAUGCAGCAUGAACCGGCCCAUCAAGGCUCCAUCAACACCGUCACCAAUCUUACCCCAGAUUUGUGUGUUUCUGGUGGGAGUGACCAGGCUGUGGUGGUAUAUGACUGGAAACAAGGCCGGGUGUGUCAGUCCUUCCAUGGUCACAACCGAGAGGUUACCAAGGUGCUGUGCUAUGCAGGCAGUACGUGGAUCUUUAGUGCCUCACGGGACAAGACUGUUCUGAUGUGGGACCUAAACCAGGGGGACGAGCCCAUCCAGGAAUUUUGUGGGCAUGAAUUGGUGGUCAAUGGACUCGCCAUCAGCCCUGAGGGGAGGAAGCUGUGCACCGGUUCCCGUGACAACUGGAUGUGCCUGUGGGAUAUAGAAUCUGCAAAAUGUGAACAGAGACAAAACGUUUGUAGAAACCUGGUGACUCAUGUUUGUUGGGUUCCAGGCAGCUCCUCCAUAGUCCAGACCUCUGAGGAUAAGACCAUAAGGGUGUGGGACAGCCGUACAUGGCAGGUAACCAAUACUUUCCCAGCCAAGCAAUACAUCCAGACCCACUGCGAUGUUUCUCCAAACGGAAACUACUUGAUGUCCAGCAGCAACGGCUUCGGAGGCCAGGGCUGUGAAGCCACGCUCUGGGACCUGCGUCAGCCCGGCUGUAAAGUUGUGGAGUAUCGAGGUCAUCUCCAGACCGCCGCCUGCUGUAUGUUUCUGCCGACGCCUCCUGGUGGUCCAGUUCAGGUAGCAACGUCCUCCCAUGACGGCUCCGUCAAAAUCUGGGAUCAGAACACAGCCGUCUGUUUAGGGACGUUGUAUCUGGACGGUGCCGGUCCGCUGGUGUGUCUGGCUCCCACUGACUCCAACAGUCUGCUGUGUGCCAGCUUCAACAGCGGCCUCCAUCACAUCCAGGUGGGCCACGGACCGAACCAGGCUCAGGUGUCUGGGGCGGAGUCAGGUGGACUUGGUGGCAUGGACAUAAAAGUUGUGGCACGCUUCUAACAGCCCAGAGGAGCCUGGUGGGACCGGACCACCUGACCUGUGAACCUGUGAGCUACUCAGUGAGCGUACCACUGGACGAGGACGUCACGUCACUUCUUCAGCACUAUUUCACCACAUUUCUAUUGACACUUCUGCUUUACUAGACUGCCAUACAGUAAAGUGACAGAAGAGCCCAGUGAGAUAAGGAGGCGCUGAGGAUGACAUGUAUGGAAGAUGCACCUUCUGUCCAGCAAAGCCACCUGGAAGCGCAUCAGAGCUGCUUCUCUGUGAGAUGGUCAGUAAGUCAUAUUUCCCCUAAAUUGACUGGAUACAAGACGAUCCUGCUUUGAUUGCUGCCUUCAUGGACCAAACCAGAUGAAACUGUGGUACGCUCUGAGUUUAAUACGCUGCUUCAGCUCGGUGGAUUUGAAGAGACACAUGUUGUUUUGCUUUUAUUGUCUGUGUUGGAGGACACCCUGACGCGUCGGGAGUGGUGCUGAAAAUGUGAAAAAUCUGCUAUUCGGUCAGGUGUAUUUUUUUUCCUGAAUACAAUUUAGUAAAUGCAGUCAGAGUUGCAGUCUUGUUUGUCAUGUGUAAAGUUAUUUUUAUAACUAAAACAGAAUAAUGGAGUAUCAGUGUAUGUUGAUAAUAAUAACCGUUGUAGAUUAAACCUGUGUUAGACCAAAUGAGAACCUACGACACAAGACUAUAAACGUUGGCUUUUUAAAAUUUUAUUUUUAGGUACAAUUUAUUUCAUAAUGGUUUCUGAUAUUUAGCUGAUGUUGGUGCCGAUCUUCAAUACAUUAAAUCAGAAAAUGACUAUGAAAGAACCUGAGUAAUUCCCUUUUAAUAAAGUAUUGUUUGAAUGAACAAAUGGGAUUAGAAUAUAUUCCAAAUACAAAAGAAAGCUGAGAACAUAAAACCUGUUAUGUUGAACUACUUUGUUAGCAUUAGCGAUCCAGGCUGCCGUUCAGCCCGCGACUGCUAAUGUUAAUAUAAGCAACCUUAAGUGGGUGAAUUUGGACAAAAAUGACAUUAUUGUCAAGAGAUGUGUUAAACCUCUCUUAGUCUAUUAUUAUCUAUAUAAGUGAACAUUGAAUGCUGAUUACUUCGUCAUACGGCGCUCAGGAAUCCACAUUCUAAAAUUAAGUAUUUUGCAAAAAUGUAAGGAACACGACAAGCAGUAGAGAACCAAAGGUUCAGUUUCAUGAGCGUUUACUGUUUGGGUAUUUUUCACUUGAUUUGAUCCAUCUGUGAGAUGCAUUAUAAUUAAGUAAUAAAUAAAUCAUUUCAUAAUGUC